AAUUGGAAUCACACACACAGAAAGAAGAAAGGAGAAGAUACGUGGUUGAUUGAAGAGAAGGAGUUGGAAGUGAGAGAGGAAUUCGAAAUCGAAAUCGAAAAAUGGCUGUGAUGGAGAAGCUCAAGAUGUUCGUUGUUCAAGAACCUGUCGUCGCUGCUUCAUGCCUCAUCGCUGGCUUUGGCCUUUUUCUACCGGCUGUUGUGAGGCCUAUUCUGGACUCAUAUCAAACAACAAAGCCACCUCCUCAACCUGCUUUGAGCGACGUGGUUAACGGUAUGACAGGUCAAAAGUAAGCUGAUUUACUUGAGAUACAAGGGGAUAAUUGCCAACUUCUCUGCUUGAACUUUUUUUCGUUAUGUGAGUAAUAAAGUACCUAGUUACAAAACAUUUGAUUGAACAUCCAUUUGUAACACAAUCUAUCAGUUCCAGAGACUUCAUUUCAUAUUUAGGUUAAGUGUUUGGUUGAAUGUCAGCUUAUUCUGCUGCCUGAUUGAUUUUGCCUUUACUAGCAAAUGCACUUUAUGAAUUGUUCCUCUAGUGACAAUAUGAAGGAGUUUUGUUUAGCUGACUGGAAUACAUGAGUAAUGUUUAUAAAUGAAUUGGCACAAAUACUUCUUGAUGUUA